AUGGAAGUGGAGGCGGUAGAGGAAAACAAAAAUGGAAACUGGAAAUCGGAAAUAUCUUUGGGUACAUGGAACGUUCGCACAUUAUACAGCACUGGAGCGGCACAUACAGUGACGCAAGAAAUAGGGAGAUAUAAACUUAAAAUCGUGGCUAUCCAAGAAAUUAGAUGGCAAGGAACGGGAUCCUUGGACAUUAAUAAUCAUACCAUUUUCUAUGGGGACUGCGAUGAUCGACGACAAUUUGGUACGGGUUUCAUAGUUCAUAAGUCAAUGGUACCAAACGUAAUGGAAUUUAAGACAUUUAACCCGAGAAUAUCACUAUUAACAAUUAAAGCAUACUGGUUUAAUCUCACAAUUAUUAGUGUUCAUGCCCCUACUGAGGAAAAGACUCAAGAAGAAAAAGACGACUUCUAUAAUGAAUUAACGAACGUAGUAGAUGGGAUACCUAAUAACAGAAUAGUGGUUAUAUUAGGAGACCUUAAUGCAAAAGUUGGAAAAGAAUUAAUAUUUAAACCAACCAUUGGCCACCAUAGCUUGCAUGAAGUAUCUAACAAUAAUGGCCUCAACCUAAUCGACUUUGCAACAAGCAAAGGCUUAGUGAUCAAGAGCACAAUGUUUCCCCAUAAAAAGAUCAAUAAGGGAACAUGGAAGUUGAUGAAGAUGGGAAUCACACAAAUCAAAUUGACCAUGUACUAG